AUGAAAUUAUGCAGGGCUGUUUUUUUCCUCCUCGGAGCGUGCGCCCUUCAUUCGGUUGCGUGUCGACCUGGGGGAAAUGAGGACGUGGGGGGAGUUGGAGCGGUGGAAACACCUGAGGGGGAAAGCAUGGGAGUGCCAACCCAUGAGAAGACCACCAAUGUAGGGGGGGACGCCCCAAAUGGGGGAAAGGGCGAAGCCGAGGAAGAAUUGAAGAAAGCGAAGGAGGACGUGCAGAAGGCUAAGGACCUCGCCCACAAAUGCGAAAAGCAAAAAAGGGAAACCUUGCUAGCAGCGCAGACUGCUCAGAAGAACCUGCAGGAGUGUACCCAUAAUAGCGGGAUAGACCUCACUAAGUGCAAAGCACAGCUAAGUGAUAGAGAAAAACACCUGUACGUGUGCAGGGAAAAUGAAGACAAGUGUUAUGAGAAAAUAAAAGAUAUGGGGAAGGAGCACGAGGAAAGCGUAAGUAGGAAGGAGAACGAAGCGGCAGAACUGAGGGAGAAGUUACUGAAGCUAGAAAGGACACUAGAAGAGAUGGAGCUGAAGUUGAAGGUGGAAAGCUACGAAGGUGCUGGUAGAAGUCACAUCGAUGACAAAGACAGUGACUACCUAAUUUCGUUCCCCAUGGUGCGAAGUUAUUUCGUAAAGGUAUUAAAAAUCUACAAAACGUUUUACAUAAUAGUGUUCGAACAGACGAACUUGUCUGGGUUCCUCUCCCAGGUAGCUUUGCAUAAGGAUGCCGUGAUGACGCAAAUUAAGCUUUAUGGAAACCUUACAAUGGAAAAGCUGCAUGGAUACAAAACCUCCAUCGGUGAAUGUGAUUGGGUGAAUGGACUUUUAAGCCUUUACGAAAAUUCAUCUCUCAGUCAGUAUAUACAGUUAAUUAAAAGGAAAGUUGUAAAGAUUGCCUCUACGGUAAGGCGGUUGUUCCUCCAGAAAGUGGUGUACCCCGUGAGUCGAGACCUCUACCCACAGAUGACUCAAUCGAUGAGAAAUAAAUACAAGAACAUAAAUUGGGACCUCUUCUUACACAAAUUACACAACAAUUCUGAGUUCCUAGUGGUGAAGCUAAAUUCUAUAAACCCAGAACUACAAGGGAUUAUUUCCCCUCGCUUGGAAGAUCAACUGAUUUUGCUGAUUUUCUUCACGGCGCUAUCGAAGAGGGUGAGUAUGUGUUUGUUCACGUGGAGUUACUUGUGCUUGUCCGUGAUAUAUCGAUGCACCGUCUUUGUGAUCACGCUGCCAAUACGGCCGUUCAUGCGAAAGCGGGGCAAACGCAGUAGGAAGGUGUACCGCAGGCACGACGAAAGGACCUGCACCAACCCGGAGCGUGUCUCGUACCUGCAGCAGGAGGUUAAGAAGAUGCACAAGGGACAUAGCGUCCACCAGCGUAGGGGGUGA